AUGAAGCAGGCGCUGGCCAUAAUAGCCCUGCUCAUUGGAAUCGGAGCUCUAGUUAUCAUGGCCGUGAGCCCCCCGAUUUGCCAUGCUGCAGGAGCAGCAGGAAGUGGUGGUGGCGCUGGUGCCACUGUGGCGAGAAGCGUCUUCGUGAACCAGCAGGGCGGCGCUGAUUUCAGCAGCGUCCAGGACGCCAUCAACUCCGUCCCCUUCGGCAACGGCCAGUGGAUCCGGAUUCACGUCGCCGCCGGCGUCUACAAGGAGAAGGUGAGCAUACCGGCGAACAAGAGCUUCAUUUUGCUGGAAGGCGAGGGGAGGCAGCAGACGUCGAUCGAGUGGGAGGACUACGCCGGCGGCGGGGACUCCGGCACCGCCGACUCGCCGACGUUCGCCUCGUACGCCGCCGACUUCAUGGCCCGCGACAUCACCUUCAAGGUCGGUCGUCGGUGUCGAUCUGUCUCUCCGGCUCACCACAGCUGCACGACGACGAUGACGACGAGGUGGUCGUGACAGUGCGCGUUUUGUCGCCGUCGUUCUUGUUGUUUGAUGCAGAACACGUACGACGUGGUGGGGAGGAUGGCGCCGGCGGUGGCGGCGCUGGUGGCCGGAGACCGGUCGUCGUUCUACCGGUGCGGGUUCGUCGGGGUGCAGGACACGCUGUGCGACCUGCUGGGGAGGCACUACUACGAGGGCUGCUACAUCGAGGGCGCCGUCGACUUCAUCUUCGGGGAGGGCCAGUCCAUCUUCCAGAGCUGCGACAUCGCGACGGCGAGGUCGCCGGUGGCGGCGCCGGGGUACAUCACGGCGCAGGGCCGGAGCAGCGCGUCCGACACGAGCGGAUUCGUGUUCAAGUCGUGCACGGUCGGCGGCGCCACCCCGGCGUACCUCGGCCGCGCGUGGCGGGGCUACGCCCGCGUCGUCUUCUACCACACCGCCAUGUCCGCCGCCGUCGUCAGCCUCGGCUGGGACGCCUGGGACUACAAGGGCAAAGAGGAGACGCUGGAGAUGGUGGAGUCGGGGUGCACGGGGCCGGGGUCGAACAGGGCGGGGAGGGUGCCAUGGGAGAAGACGCUGAGCGCGGAGGAGCUCGCCAAGCUCGUCGACAUCUCCUACGUCUCCGGCGACGGCUGGCUCGCCGCGCAGCCACGGUAGCCUCUGCUGCUCCAACGAUGGGAACUCGCUAGUUAGCUUGGCAGCGACCAAAAAGUUUCAGGUUGCUUGCUGCAUUCUUGGACACGGGAUUGAUCGCAAAUAAAAUCAUCUCAGAGAGCUGGUAAUUGAUUGCAUGAUAGCAACUUUGGAUGCAGGAAAAGACGCAAAUUUUAUUUUUAUUAGCAAAAAUGAUGCCUAUCGGAGUGACAAACUGACAUCAACAAACAUUACAACACUCUCCAACUGAUGAACACAUCCAACAUCAAGCUAAAUCUUUUUCGUUAAGAGAAAAUCGAUAGUACAC